CGGGCCCCUGUAAACCCGAGCCUUCCUCCUAUUCACGGAGGGCUUUUGCGCCGCCGGCGUGGCGCGCGCUGUAGAGGCCGCCGCGGAGCCGUACGCCGCUGGAGUAGAGGCGCCGCGCUGUGCCCGCUGCCCGCGGAGUGUGUGGAGGAGGAAGGGGGGGCUGGGGGGGGGGGGAAAGAGGCUUAAAGAGACAACAGCCGCGGGAGGAAGCCCACGAUGGAGCGGCUGGCGGGGGCCCGGGGGGCUGGCCCCCGCCUCUGAGGGGCCCCGAGGAGUUGGGAGCCGAAGGAUCUAAGCUGGCAGGAUCCUCUCCGCAGAAUGCGCUCUUCACCAAAGAGCGGGCCAAAGCAGGCGAAGAUGAGAAUCCCGGCGGGACCUUCAGAAGCACUAACAUUGCAGUAGCCCGGCGCCUGUGGGUGGCAGUGACCCCCUCAGCCCCCACCCCUCCAUCUCAGACCGUGAUGGUGUAUUGACCGAGAAGAGCCCUGCUUUUUUUUAUUUUUCCUUCCCCUCCCUCCCCCCUCAAGUUUUGGUGGCUUUGGGAUUUGUAUGGCAGCAGCGUAACCGUGGAGAGGCCGGGGUAUCACAAACUUAUGGAUUUUGAUAAGAGAGGAGGGAAAGGGGAGACAGAGGAAGGCAAAAGAAUGUCCAAGGCAGGUGGAGGAAGGAGCAGCCAUGGGAGCCGGAGCGCAGGGACAAACUCUGGAGUCUUAAUGGUGGGCCCCAACUUCCGUGUCGGGAAGAAGAUUGGAUGCGGCAAUUUCGGGGAGCUCCGUCUAGGAAAGAAUCUCUACACGAAUGAAUAUGUAGCUAUAAAAUUGGAACCGAUAAAAUCACGAGCCCCACAGCUGCAUCUGGAAUAUCGGUUUUACAAACAGCUUGGAAAUGCAGAAGGAAUUCCUCAGGUGUAUUACUUUGGGCCCUGUGGGAAGUACAACGCCAUGGUGUUGGAGCUGCUGGGACCCAGCCUGGAAGACCUGUUUGACCUGUGCGAUCGGACCUUCACGCUCAAAACCGUCCUGAUGAUAGCGAUCCAGUUGAUCACGCGAAUGGAGUACGUUCACACCAAAAGCCUGAUCUACAGAGAUGUCAAGCCGGAGAACUUCCUGGUGGGGAGGCCAGGCAGCAAGCGUCAGCACACCAUCCACAUCAUUGACUUUGGCCUGGCCAAGGAGUACAUCGACCCCGAGACCAAAAAACACAUCCCCUACCGAGAGCACAAGAGCCUGACGGGGACGGCGCGAUACAUGAGCAUCAACACGCACCUCGGGAAAGAGCAAAGCCGUAGGGAUGACCUGGAAGCGCUAGGGCACAUGUUCAUGUACUUCCUGCGGGGCAGCCUCCCUUGGCAAGGGCUCAAGGCUGACACGCUGAAGGAGCGGUAUCAGAAGAUCGGAGAUACCAAAAGAGCUACCCCCGUCGAAGUUCUGUGUGAAAACUUCCCAGAGGAGAUGGCGACCUACCUGCGCUACGUGCGGCGGCUGGAUUUCUUCGAGAAGCCGGAUUACGACUACCUGCGCAAGCUCUUCACGGACCUGUUCGACCGGAGCGGCUACGUCUUCGACUACGAGUACGACUGGGCCGGGAAGCCGCUACCAACUCCAAUCGGCACAAUCCACAGCGACGUCCAGGUGCAGCCUCCAAACAGAGACAAAGCACAGCCACACACCAAACACCAGCAGUCGCCCGAGGGGAACGAGUUGUGUGAUCCUCAGGCUAGUCAGCAGCCUGCCGAGGAACCUCUAGGAACUCACCUAGCGACCAGCAGGCUUGGGGGUUCCGUGCAGGUGAUGAGUUCCACCAACGGAGAACUGAACACGGACGACCCGACCGCGGGACAUUCGAAUGCCCCGAUCACAGCACCCGCUGAGGUGGAGGUAGCGGAUGAUACAAAAUGCUGCUGUUUCUUCAAGAGGAGGAAGAGAAAAACCAUCCAGCGCCACAAGUGAUCUGCCAGGGACAGCACGGAUCAGUUUGUGCAGUAUCGCCUCUAACUCUGGCUAUGGAUGGGUCUAGAUUCCUGAUCAGAUCUGCAAGGCCUUCCCUCCCUCUGAUUUUGAUGGGGGUGGGGGAAGAGCCGUCAUGACUUCACCGCCUGGCACCACGUGUGGAUGGGGAGGGGGGGGAGGGAAGUUCCCAAACUGCUUUACUUUUCCUCCACCACCACCACAUCCACCCAAUGGUCGUUUACUCAAACCAAGUCAGACUUUGCCGACGUUCCCACACCCGUCUAUCGUGCAGUCCACGGAGAGCAUUAAGCUAUUUAAAAAAGGAAACCAACCAACCAAACCCACAACGUGAAUUUCUUUUGAUUCUAUUAACUAGUUUGAAAACGGGGAUCAACUCUACAGACUCGAAAAACAUUGCUGGCAUAGAAGAAGCCGAAGACAAUUUCAAGAGCGGUGGGCUAUGGAGAAUUUUUAUUUUCCCUGUCGCUUCUUUGUCUUUGAAGUUAAUUUAAGUCUCGGUGCAGAGUGCUGAGUUGUCAGUCUUUGACCUUCCUCUUUUUAGUGUUACGAAAUUCUGCUUUUCUUUUAAAGAUUGUGUUUUCCCUGUAAGCUCCCCUUCCGCCAUUUGGUUAAAACUCUUUCCUUGUGGUGGCGAUUGAUCGCUGUGUUAGCCGAGUCUCUGGUACGGUGAUGCGUGGAGGAGGGACUCGUUUACACUUUUGUUUUACGAUGCACUUUUGCUAGCAAUACAAGCGAUGUUUGGUCUUGAAAUUAACAGUUUAGUAAUUAACAGGGGAAAGCAGGUGGGGGGGAGCCAAAUUUAGGGUCUCAGGAAUGGUUGGGAGCUUAUCAGAACCCUGAAGCCACGCCCUCAGCCAUUUGAAAUGGGCAACCUACCUUGGGGGCACCUGGCCAAGACCAAAGGGAAACUUGAUGUUGAAGAGCAAGGUAGAAAAAGGAUGUCUUAAUGGUCCCUGCAAUGAGCCUUGGGGUGGGGAUUGCUUCCUGGCGCACAGGACAGCUUAGGAUGUUUUUAUUAAGCACAGGGGAUAGCUGAGUCCUGCUUAUACUCCUGGCAUGAGAGUUCAGUGUCCUCGUUUUAUGUGAAGUUGCUUAACUGGACUUUUUUUUAAAAAAGACUUUCCUGUUGUCCAAGCCCCCAACCCAGUGAAUCUCCCCACAACUGACAUUCUGAUCAGCAGGGACCUCCCGGGAGGACCAUGAGCCUCCUAAAUGAACCAAAACCAAGCCAGUGCAGUAAGGAAGCAGUGUGCAUGUUCCCUGGGGGAAGAAGGGGAGGAUGAGAGGCCAGUUGGAGAGGAAUGGUUAAAACUCCCUGGGGUUCCAUGUCCCACUCAAAAGGGGCAGCGUGGAGUGAAUCAGAUUUGUAGCUUGCUGGGAAAUAGUAACCCCCACUAGGAUAGACCCAGCUAGGCCAUUCUGUUUGUCCACUGACUCUCCUUUCUGGAACGGCUGGAGCGAACCUUAUGAAGGUUGAAACCCUCCCUGCCUGCUUGCCAGUCCAGUCAUGGAGCUGGAGCCCUAGGCUGGCCCACUCAGCUCAUCCAACAAUCAGAGGCCCAUGUGCUUACUCCUUAGCUGAUCACAUGUGGCAGUUCCUAGUUGUGGGGUUUUUUUUAAACACACACACACACACACAAACCUUUAAACAGCCACAAGGGGCACAACAGCCAACCUUAAUUCAGUGUGAAACGACUGAGAAUGUGUGUUUGGUUGUGCGUAUUUACCACGGCAACAAAAUUUGACUUUGGGGUUGUUUUUUUACAGGGCAGGGGGGUGGGGAAGUAGCAUGUGGGUUUUUUUUAUUUUCUGUGUAAUUAUGACACUUGUAAUGUUUGAGCUGUAGGAGCUGGAAGCUGCUCUGAGGUUGUGCAGGAGGAGGAUCAAAGCCUUUGUCUGAAAUAAACACUGCCAUCCUUUGCAGGCGCAAAGGGGGAGCGUGUGGGAAGUCCUCAAACGCCACUUGUGCUAGGUACGUCCUGCUUUACUCUUCUGCAGAGGCCCUCGGAAUGGGGUCCUGGGCUGAUUCGCCAGCGAGCCAUAUGGGCUACUCUAUCCUGUUGCUGCAGCACGUGAGUGGCUGGGGGUAGGAAUAUAUGGCUGUAGGGGAGGGGACUAGGGCCCACAGGCAGGGGGAGCCUGGCACAUUUCUCUCCCAUUCCUGCUGGAGUACAGAGGCUUUGUCUCUCUUCCAGCCAAAUUCCUUUCAUUUAAAUCAGUCCUGAAUGCCUAAAAACAGGCUUAAGCUAGUUCAAGUGGCUUCCUCCUUCCCCAGCAUCCACCCUAAGCUGGAAGGUCGGUGCCCCUUUAAAGAUCCUAGGGACUGUGAAUCAGACGCAGCCUCGUAUUCUUGUCUGCAGUUUUACUUCAACAGCAGUGCCUCUGUCGUGCUCAAGAGAACCAAGGUGGUGGGGAGGGACAGCUGCACCGGGAGCUACACAAGGAGUGCACAGCCAGCUGCUAGAGAGCGCUUGGUUCUUGACAACUCAAUGAAUUCCACCAAAUCAGGACCUUUGUAUGGUAUUUAGUUAUGUGCAAUGUUUGACCUUGUUUCCCAAACAAUGCAAAUGAAACCGCCUUAAAUCUUCACUGGAACUGUUCUUCCAGUCCCCGAAGGUGUAAAAUAAAGUAUGUAUGUGAGUGGGUG